AUGGCUACAGAGGAAACCCAAAAGCAACCAACAAUGCCUGAGGUAGUGGAAGAGUUGAAGAUAAUGACUGACAUUGGCUUCCCUAUAAUGGCCAUGGGUUUGGUUGGUUAUUUCAAGAACAUGAUUUUAGUUGUGUGCAUGGGAAGGCUGGGGAGCCUUGAGCUAGCCGGUGGUGCACUAGCCAUUGGCUUCACAAAUAUCACAGGCUACUCAAUUCUAUCAGGUCUAGCCAUGGGGAUGGAACCAAUAUGCAGCCAAGCUAUUGGUUCCAGAAACUUAGCCUUAGUAUCACUCACUCUUCAAAGAACAAUUCUAAUGUUACUGUUAGCAUCAUUGCCAAUAGGAUUAUUAUGGUUUAAGCUAGAGUAUCUCAUGCUUAUGCUCCAUCAAAACCCAGAUAUAACACAUAUUGCUAGCCUCUACUGCCGCUAUGCCAUCCCAGAUCUUAUUGCCAAUAGCCUCCUACACCCAUUACGUAUCUAUUUACGUAGUAAAGGGACAACAUGGCCAUUGAUGUGGUGCACUUCAAUUUCUGUACUUCUCCAUCUUCCCAUCACCAUGGUAUUUGCCUUCAGUCUACACCUUGGGGUUGCAGGGUUGGCAAUUUCAACCUUUAUCACCAACUUUAAUACUUUGUUCUUCCUUCUGGGGUACAUAAUCUACACUCACAACCCAAACAAGCCCAUGUGUCAACCACUGAUACCUCAAAUGAUUCCACUUUCAUCAACUUCAAUUUGGAAGGAGUGGGUGAUGCUACUUCAACUUGCUAUACCAAGUUGUCUAGCAAUUUGUUUGGAGUGGUGGUGGUAUGAGUUCAUGACGCUUCUAGCAGGUUAUGUUAACAAACCUCAUGUUGCCCUAGCAACAUCAGCUAUAGUAAUACAAACCACCUCUCUCAUGUACACCUUGCCUUCUGCACUCAGUGCAUCAGUGUCGACCAGAGUAGGCAAUGAGCUUGGAGCAGGCAGGCCAGAUAAGGCCAAUUUGGCAACAGUGGUAGCUACAGGAAUGGCCCUCUUAGUCUCUAUUUUUGGCUUCUUAUGGACCACCUUAGGGAGAGAAGCCUGGGGAAGAGUUUUUACACAGGACAAUGAGGUUUUAGAGUUGACAAUGGCUGUGCUACCUAUAAUUGGGAUAUGUGAGCUCGCAAACUGUCCACAAACUACAGGUUGUGGGGUUCUCCGAGGAAGUGCCAGACCAAUUGUUGGGGCAGCUAUAAAUUUUUACUCAUUUUAUUUGGUGGGUAUGCCUGUUGCUAUCAUUUUGGCCUUCGUCUGGGGACUUGGAUUUUUGGGCCUUUGUUAUGGGCUUUUAGCAGCUCAACUGGCUUGUGUAAUUUCAGUCCUUGCAGUGAUAUACAGGAUGAAUUGGAACAAUGAGUCAUUAAAGGCUAAAUUUCUAGUAGAAGGGAGUUGGGCAUUUGCACAUGCAGCCAAAACAGUAAAUUUUCAGGAAGGAGUUGGCUCUCUGGAAGAGAUAGCUUAUGAGAAGUGA